GUGGGCCCUGCCCGGCUGGUCCAGGGCGAAGGCGGCGCGGCUGCUGAGGGGAUCAAACAGCGACGCUGCGCCGCGGCGGGGUCCGGGGACAGGAGCCCGAGCCCAGGAGCAGGGCAGGAGGCGUCCCGGGCACGACCCCCUACAGCCGGCCAGGGCCGCGCGCGCCUUUUCGUCACACGCGGGUAACGGCCGGGCGCUCCCGGGUGUCGCUUGGGGAGGUGAGAGCCGCGGUCUGGGACGCGCUGCCCGCCCGGGGAACUAACUGGGGUGGUACCGGGGUGCCCAGGCGGCGGCGACUCUGCUGGGGCUUCUCCCAACCGUUGGAAUCCGCCCCGGCGCUGCCAGGCUGCGAGCGAGCCGGCCCCUGGGCUGCUGCUCCAGACCCCUCGGCUGCCAUGGCGGAGCCCGGCGCUGCCCGCACUGCGGGGGUCCCUCCUGGCCAGCGCCGCCCCCACCCCACCCCGUGUCGCUGAGGGGUCCGGGGGGAGGCAACGCGGCGCCUCGUUAACUGCAGUCCUCGCCGCUCAGCCGCAAGAGCCCGGCCAGAGUCGCGCCCGGCGCGGCGCUGCGGGGAGAGAGGCGUUCGCGUCUCUGCAGCCUGUCCCUGCGCCCCGGUCGCCCCCCGCGCCUUUGUGUGGCGCUUGCUCGUGCGCUAGCACUGGCCGACCUCAACUUCAAACCGUGUUUGAUCUGCGAUGGACGUCAGCAUAAUCAACUGGGAUAUGCAGGUUUGCAGCAUGGAGGAUCUCUAACUGAAAGAAAUACUGAGACAAGGCCUCUUUCAACAUGGAGACUGUUUUAUUUGAAGGGGAACCCGACAGAACUUCGAAUCAUGGUGAGAUCAAAGACUCUCAUGGACCAUCAACUGUGGUAACAAAUGGUGAUGAAUCACACCUUCUGACUCCAGGAAAGAUGAGCCAGCGCCAGGGGAAAGAAGCACAUCUCACUCCAACCAAAGAUCUACUCCAGCUGACGCUCAGUCCAGGAACUGUCCACAGCCAUGGUUUUGAUAGGGGGAAAGAUGAUGUGUCACAAAGUAAAGAAGAUUCAGCACUUUCAAUGUCAAAAAGCAAGUCUGAAUCCAAGCUCUUCAAUGGCUCUGAUAAGGACAUCUCCUCUACUUCAAGCAAGCUCACAAAAAAGGAGUCUCUUAAGGUUCAAAAGAAAAAUUACAGAGAAGAGAAGAAGAGAGCUACAAAAGAAUUGCUUAGCACAAUCACAGACCCAUCAGUUAUUGUUAUGGCUGACUGGCUGAAGAUUCGUGGUACAUUGAAAAGCUGGACCAAACUGUGGUGUGUGCUGAAACCAGGAGUAUUGCUCAUUUACAAAACCCCCCAGAAUGGCCAGUGGGUGGGAACAGUGCUCCUGAAUGCUUGUGAACUCAUAGAGCGGCCUUCCAAAAAAGAUGGCUUUUGUUUCAAACUUUUCCAUCCCCUGGAGCAGUCCAUCUGGGCUGUUAAGGGUCCUAAAGGUGAAGCGGUUGGUUCUAUAACUCAGCCAUUACCUGGAAGUUAUUUGAUCAUCCGAGCAGCUUCAGAAUCAGAUGGCAGGUGUUGGAUGGAUGCUUUGGAACUGGCUUUGAAAUGUUCCGGUCUGCUUAAACGUACGAUGAUUAGAGAAGGUAAAGAGCAUGACUUGAACUCUUCAGCAGAGAGCACACAUGUUUCUCUCUAUGGCUUAUUGCGUGCGAACAACUUACACAGUGCAGAAAGUUUUCCAUUAAAUUAUAGUGAAAUUGAAAGGCAUCACUUUAAAGAUCAAGACGUGUACUCAGACAAAUCUGAUAAGGAAAAUGAUCAUGAUCAUGACGAGUCUGAUAAUGAUGGCCUAGGGAAAAGUGAAGAAAGUGACACUGACACAUCAGAGCGACAGGAUGACUCUUAUGUUGAUCCAGAACCUGUUGAUCUUAUCAGGGAAACUACCUAUAUGGAACAGAUUCAUGAAGAACUUGGAGAGGCAGGGGAGGCUUGUCAAACCGAAACAGUGUCAGAGGAGAACAAAAGCCUGAUCUGGAUGCUGUUGAAACAAGUCCGUCCAGGAAUGGACCUCUCCAAGGUUGUACUGCCUACGUUUAUCUUGGAACCUCGUUCUUUCUUGGACAAACUCUCUGAUUACUACUAUCAUGCAGACUUCUUGUCUGAGGCUGCUCUUGAAGAGAAUGCUUACAAUCGUAUGAAGAAAGUAGUGAAAUGGUAUUUGUCAGGAUUUUACAAAAAGCCAAAGGGACUAAAGAAACCAUACAACCCUAUACUUGGUGAGACUUUCCGCUGCAUGUGGAUUCAUCCCAGGACAAACAGCAAGACUUUCUAUAUUGCUGAACAGGUGUCUCAUCACCCCCCAGUAUCUGCCUUCUAUGUCAGCAACCGAAAGGAUGGAUUUUGCCUUAGUGGUAGUAUCCUGGCCAAAUCCAAGUUCUAUGGGAAUUCAUUAUCUGCCAUAUUGGAUGGAGACGGUCGACUAAUGUUCCUAAAUAGGGGAGAAGAUUAUGUAAUGACCAUGCCAUAUGCACAUUGUAAAGGAAUUCUUUAUGGCACAAUGACUUUAGAGCUUGGGGGAACUGUCAACAUUGCAUGUGAGAAAACUGGAUACAGUGCAACAAUUGAAUUCAAACUAAAGCCGUUUUUGGGCAACAAUGACAGUGUUAAUCAAAUAUCAGGAAAAAUUAAACUGGGCAAAGAAGUUCUGGCUACUUUGGAGGGCCAUUGGGACAGUGAAAUUAUUAUUAGCGACAAAAAGACAGAUGUUUCAGAGACCUUCUGGAAUCCAACAUCUGAGAUCAAGCAGCGCAGAUUAACAAGAUACACAGUGAAAUUUGAUGAGCAAGAUGGCUUUGAGUCGGAGAAACUUUGGCAACAGGUGACUCGAGCUAUAACCAACAAAGAUCAGACAGAAGCUACUAAUGAGAAAUGUGUUCUGGAGGAUGCUCAGAGAAAAGCAGCCAAAGAAAGGAAACUGAAGGGUGAAGAGUGGACCUGCAAACUGUUUGAACAGGAUUCAAUCACAGGAGAAUGGCACUACAAAUAUGCAGAAACCAGACCAUGGGAUCCACUGAAUGAUAUGAUACAGUUUGAAAAAGAUGGUGCCAUCCAAACAAAAGUCAGGCAUCGGACACCAAUGGUUAGUGUUCCAAAAAUAAAACGAAAGCCAACCAGUCAGUCGAAGAAAGGAGAGUGUGGAUUCUCUUCCCCAGAACCUGAUAACCAGGACUCCUCGGGAAGCGAAGCACAACUACUAAAGCAUAAUACAAGAAUCAGAAAGAAGGGGGCAGACCUUGGUGAACUACAAAGUGCCAUUGAAUCUAUAAAAGAAACACAAGAAGACAUUAAGAGGGAUAUUAUGGCUCUGCGGAACCGUGUUACUUCAAAUUCACCACCCCUGGAAAACAAUUUCUUGCAGUUUAAGCACUAUGUCUUUAUUUUUCUCAUGGUUCUGCUGCAACUUAUCAUCAAUUUCUUAUUCAAAUAGAAGGUCUGAACAAAAGACUCUUUGAACUGGAAUGCUGAUAUACUACGGGGACCAUAUUUUAAGUUGGUUUGGACUUUAAAUGAUGCAAUAUUAUCUAAAAGAGUCCUGUAGUUAAAACUUAAAGAACUUCACCUCAAAUCUUUAUGCGUACAUGGAUCAAGAUCUGUUGUAUUCCUGCCUAGCCAAUUGAAGUGGGAAAUGUGUAAGUGCCAGUACUCUUGCUCUUUGUGUAUGCGUCACACAAACACAACAAUAGCCUUGUAUCUAUAGUAUCUCAUAGGUUGUCCUAACAAAUUUCCGUCCAGAAAAUGUCAAACUCAGAAUUCAGAAAUCUGUUCCCCUCUUAGUGGGGACAUGUAAUGUCUAUUGAUGAAGAUAAAUUGAGAAAAGAACAAACUUAAGUUAACAAUUUUGUAAAAAAAUAACUUCUGAAAUAACCAGCUUUAUUAUUUUAUUGAAAGUAUGGUGAAACAUGUUUCAAAUCAAACAAAACAAAUACAUUAGUAAGCACCAUAAGUAAUAGGAAUUGGCUCAACACAGAGUUUAUGGCUUUACCUGAGAUCUGUGUGUUUUAGUGCUCUGAUUUGGGAGGAGGUUUUUCUAAAUAUAUGGCAGUAUUUUAAUUCUCGAUUAUGGUGGUGAUAUACAAACCACUAGAUUUUCAUGGAUGGCCACUUCAAUCCUUUUAUUAAAAACAUUGUCUUACAUUGUACAUAGAAUGAAUUGUACAAGUCUACAGUACCCAUAAAGACUACUAUAUUAAUGGUCCACCAACAUUUCCAUUAUGAACCCAUAUGUCAGGGAUUUAUAACUAUGUAGUUAAAUUUUUCUCAGUUUACUAAACUUGAAUUAAAUUGUGUGGGAACUUCCAAUAAGUUGAAGAAGAUAAAGACUACUGCUAUCAAAUGGUUUAUUUGGUGUUUCUGUAACUCAGAAAAAAAUAUUAACAUGCAAAGCUGUGUUUAGUGUGAAGGGCUUGAUGUUAGGUUCCAAAAUGAAAGGCAGUUUAGAACUAAGAGUUCAGUCCUGCUAUUAGAUUACCACUGCUAAUUUUAUAAAAUACACAGCAACAACCCUUAGCUAUUUAAGAGCAAGAUGAAGCCUUAAAUCUUUAUUAAAUUCCUCCUUACUGCAGUAUAUACACACUCUGGAACUCAUCCCAAUAUUCCACAAUUGGACAAACUAAUAAUAUAGAAGUUGAAAUUGGAUUUUAAAUAUAACUUUUUAUUCUAACAUGGUUUUGGUCUUAAUUGAUAUGUUUGCAAACAACCAAUUUUUUUAAGUAAAAUUAAGUUUAGAUACCAGCAUUUACAGGGUGAGAUCUCCUCUUCCUCCCUCCCCCCCCCCCCCCCCCGCCCCCAUUUUGACCCGUUUACACAAGUUAAAAGGGGCUCUAGAAUCCCAAGUCCUAGAUGGGGAGACCUUCCCUGGUGUAGACGCUGGGGAAGACCGCCAUAAGGCUGUUUUCCAAGAAGCCCCUCUCAAGGUUUGGCAAGUAGGAGGCAGGGCCACAGCAGUGCAGAGAUUCUGGGCAGUGCUGUGGUCGAUGCGGCAGCCUUUCAGGAAUGCGCUAACUUAAACAGGCCCCAGGGCUCUCUAGGGAACACCAUGGGCCUCUCCAGCCCCUAGAAUAGCCCAUGACUGGAAGGAUGCAAUGGUGUUUUAAAGCCACCUUCCCUUGGGCUGAGAGUCCUGUGCUCCACCAGUCUCAUCCAAUGUUAAUGCAAGUAAAUUUUAGUUAGAUUUGUGCUUCGUCUAACCAGCUUUUAUCUUCCUGUGUCCCUAACAUACAGGUUUCCCCACUCCUUUAUUGCCCCCACACGAGACAAAUUUUACUCUUUAAGCAUCCUGUUUAAAUUUGGUAAUUCCUCACCCCUUUGUCCUAAUGUAGUUUUGUCUUGAACGAUUCUCUACAGCACUGUUCUUUAACAUGACUAUAAUCUAGACUGGUGUUGUGUACACAGGCACAACCAAAUUUUUGUAACUUGGUUGGAACACUACCAUGCUACACCUUGUGAUUAAAUUUUUAAAAUAUAGAAAGAGCUUUACUGUAAAGAGGAGAUAGUUCAACACAAUAAGUCCCUAAUAGAAACUAAAGGUGGCAGACAUAUAUAAAAGGUUAGCAGAUACAACAUAAAGGGUAGGUUAAAAGAUGAAAAUGGAAUGUUGUAAUACUGAUUUGACAUUGCCAGCAUUGCACAGAGAUUGUCAUUACACCACUAACAGAAAGAGAGAGAUCUCUUAUGCAGAUCUGUUCCAAGACCUGCAAUGUAAUUGGUAUACUCAUAUAACUUGUGCUAUACACGACAGGGACACAUGAUAAUACGUAGGCAAAUGUGAGAGCUAACUAGCACUACACCAAGAAUUUGGGCAGUAAUAUUAGAUCCCUGAGAUAUUCCUACAGUUUUUAUGUGUUGAACCUCAUAUUUGGUAAUAACUUAUCUAAAUUUAAAAGAAAUGUUUGUUAAAAAUGUCCAUCUUGCUCAAUAUUUAUGGGUUUUAACUGCUUUAUUCAAGGGCAGUUAAGGAGAAGCCCUUUACGAAUAUAUUUUUAAACUAAUUUAGUAUUGAUUUGAAAGCAUCUAUAGAACUGCAUAUUUAUACUCAUGCUGCAAUUGUAUAGGCCAAAAUAUUGUAAUCGCUAGCUGACGGUGUUUUGGCCAAUAUCAGAAUACAUGUAUGCACACCAUAUAUUCCAUAUUUGAGAUCCUGCCCACUUCAACUCUUAUGUUUUGCAUAUGCAUAUACUUGAAUAAGAUGGAGCUAGACAAAAUGCCCUUACCUACAUGCAAGAUGAUUUUUUUUUCUCCUCUCUCAAUGUUUUUAGAGUCUGACUAUCUAAGAUAUAAGAGCUGUUGGUUUAAUUCCGGUCCCAAGAGGCAAGAGUACUUCAUGAAAUUUUUUCAUGAAAAAGUAAAGCAACAGGUCCGCUCUUAGCUGCAUUUAUUACUCAUAUUCUAAAAAGCACAUGCACUGAAAGCCUGAUAAUUCCUAUUUUGCUCUUCUUUGUAUGUAAUUCCCUUAUGUGAGCAGGAAAAGGUAUGUAUUGCCUGAUUUUUAGGGUAAGGUUGAUUACAGACCUGGUUUGUAAAGCCUUUUCUUAAUACAUAAUUAACUUCAUAUUUAGCCACCACGUGUAGUUGAUCUUGAAAUAUUCUGUACUGAAGAUUAUCAGAUUAUUACUGAAGAUUCUGCACAUAGUCAUAAAAACUCUGCUUGUACAGUUUGCAGAUGUCUGAAGGCAGUGGCCUCCUGCUAGUUGUUAAUAUUUAAAACAGAGCACUUGUUUUCUCACUUGAUUAGAUUCUUUAUUUUUUUUCUUGUACAGGAAUUAGGAAAUAUUCUGAACUGAUGGUUGUUGCCAUGUGUUUUUUGAUUGUUUUUAAAAUGCACUCUAAGCCUUUAAUUUGCCACUUAACUACUGUAGUUAGGAAUAAUUGACCUACAAAGAAAGUAUGCGUCAUGUGAAGAGCACAGUUCCAGCAAUAGAUAAUGUUUCUUGUAUUUCAUAUGUUGGUUAUUUUUUAAAUCGUUUGCAUUAUUUAUAAGGGUACAGUAUGUCUUUUUUUCUUUUCUUUUCUCCAAAUUAAAUCCUGAAAACUUCAUUCUUAUUGUUGUCUUGUAAGAUGUUUCAUGGAUUUUACAGUUCAGUGCCCUUCUGUGCCUUUGGGAAAUCCUUCUUGUCUGUUUAAUGUUAAUGAAACAAAAUUUGGAUUCAGUGUAUUUGUCUAGCAUAACUUGGUGGUCAUUUUUCUUAAAGGCCAUUAUUUCAUCACCUAGUUUUUUUUGUAAACAAGAAUGCUGUACUCUUAUAAAAGUUUGACUAAUCAUUGUAUUUCAAAUAUAUCCUGAACUCUUUGGACAUCAUUGAAAAUAGUCAGAUAUUUCUGAAUAUUGUAAACAGUGCCUUCUUGAUGGAUUUCACACUGUUUUGAGGUGUAUAAAGAAGACAUGUCAAAUUUGUGCCAUACAUACAGCUGACCUUUUGUGGGGGCUAUGUUUUUGAAGACUACCUUUCCCCCUUCGUCAGACUUUUUUAAAAAUCAGAAAUCACUAUAAAAAAAUCCAUCCUUCCACUUCUGUUUCAGUUUUCUAGAAUUUCUAGCUAGUGAGCAGUAUGUCUGAUCUUUGCUUUUUUGUUCUUCUGUACAAUGAAGCUGCAGUGCUUUGUUUGUGAUAUUACAGAAAUAGCCAUAAUAAAAACUUAACAUCACAGACAGAUUAUUUUGGCUUCGCUUUGUACUUGACUAAAUUUAAUCGAGAAAUUAACUGAUACAAAGGAAAAACUGGGGGGAGGAGAGGUUUUCAAGUGCACAAAGGGCAACAAGACACCCAACUCCCAUUCGUGUGUCUUGAAAAUCUUCCCCUUUAGCAUGUGGUACCUUUUUAAUUAUCUAGCCAUUUUGUACAAACUACAAACCAAAGGUAUAUUUAACUGCAUGGGGAAAGUGCUCUUUAAAAUACAUAGCUUGCCACUGUUAUCUAAUUCUUCAUUUUUCUCUAGUUUCAGGAUUUCCGGUAACUCAGACUAGCACACUUUUAUUCACUUUUUAUUAUGUUACAUAUUGUUUGAAUUUUUGUACUGUUAUAUUUUUUUUAGAAAAUUGAAAAUGGACUGUUAUACAAAAGCUGUAUAGGACCAGUGUUUCAUUAAUCCAAUUCACAGAAUAUGUAAAGAGCCAGAUCCCAUGACAAAAAUGAAUGUGAAUGUAUGUACUAAAAUAUUUAUAUGGGGGAAAAUCCUUUAUUCCUGUAUGUUUUGUUUCUGCAUAUAUCAUGUUAAAAUUGCUUUAGUAUAGUAUUGCACAGGUUAUUUUAAAAAACAUGCUCCAUGUAGUAUGAUAAGAACUACUAUGAAUUCUUUAGAAAGAUCCAGAAGUUGUGACCAUAUCGCAUGCUUAAAUGUACAUCUGAGUUCAACAUUUUGUUAAAUGGCCAUUUGUAAAUUAAAGCACUACCACUGGUCAAUAGUUUUGUAUGACUAAUGAAUAGAAUAAAGAGAUGUCACCAACAGCAUAA